CUGAUGAAUUCAUGGGUUUGGAUGAGUGCGGUGAAAUUAAUAAGUUUGAUAUUAGAAAAUUCCCCCUUUUAUCUGUUUUAUAAUGCUUGUGGUUUGUCAAGUGUACUGACAUUGCAGUGUGGCCAAUUUUGACAUCAUUAGUGUGAAGAGUUAUUCUUUUUAGAGAAUCCUGUUUGGGCUUUGGUUUCUGUUUUUCGGGAUGCAUAUUUGCUUAUAUGCUACAUCUAAAUAUGCUAAUUUCAUGUUUUAGAGGAUGGAACCAGGUAACGAGCAAAGUCUUGGUUUUUGUUAUACAAUAUAAGAGGGGAAAGCUUGAGUAGAAGUGGAAAUAGAUGGUUAUAUAGGUACGAGACAGGACUGUUGGGGGUGUGGACUUCGGAGUCUGGUUUUAACCUUUUUUGAGCUGUGUGGCAGUUUUAAAUGAAAUGAUUAAUGAGAGAGGAAAUGAAUCCAAUGAGCUGCUUAGUUAGAAUUUAAGCAUUACUGUCUUUUAUUUUAUGUUUAUCCUUUAUACAUUCUUUUUAUUGAAAUUUUUUGAGGCAGUAUCCACGGACAGGACUGCAAUUUCACCGUCUACUAGCUUCUAUGAAGACUGUGGAGUCCUUUUCUUCAAAUUUGAGAUACCUUAGUCCAUAAAGGAGAUACUUCUAUAUAAAAGCAAGAAAGAUUCUCCUUUUAUUUAUUUUUUUAAAAAAAUACCUCUGGCAAUAAUAUUAAUGGAUGAUUUAUCAAGAGCAUCUCUAUUUCUUUUCUUGAAUGGGUUUCACGACCAAUGAUUUGAUCUUCCAAUGGAAUUCGCGUUUUGAUAAGUAAGCUUCCCAUUAUUCAUAGAAUUCGUAAAUCUUUGUAUAGGAGUGACUAGAAAGAUGUUGGUCAUUUGAACUGUGGGGUUUGCCGAUGAAGUAAUAUAACCACACUGCAAAAUGAAUACUGAUUUACCUACACACAACAGAAUGAUAGGAACAACUAACAUGUUUGUCUUCAAUGUGGCUUUUAGUUUUGGAUUUGAUCGAUGGCGUAACUGUUCUUUUGGCAGAUCACCACAUAAAUGGCAGAGGGCUAGGUUUGCUGGAGAUGAUGCUCCCAGGGCUGUGUUUCAUAGCAUUGUUGGUCGGCCAAGUCACACAAGCAUGAUGGUUGGCAUGAGACAGAAAUAUGCAUAUGUUCAGGACGAGGCCGCCCUGAUAUAUAGUACACCAUUGAUCAUGGUAUUGUAACUGGAAUGAAAUGGAGAAGAUAUGGCACCAUACAUUCUAUAACAAACUCGGUGUUGCUCCAGAGGAACAUCCAAUUCUCCUCAGAGGAACCUCUCUACUCAAAGCAAAUCGUGAUAAGACGACUCAGAUUAUGUUUGAAACCUUCAACUUCACUGCCAUGUAGGUUACUCUCCCGGCUGUUUAAUCUCUGUAUGCCAGUGGUCAUACAACCGGUUAGUCAUUCAGUUGAUGACUAUUAGUUCUGGCUUUCUAAGAUAUGAUGCAAUUGUGAUAGCCAUUUGUCAUGUUGAGUCAUUUGAAUUAGAUUAAUACAUAUGAAAAGAAAAAUGACUGGUACCUUGAGAUUAGUUUCUGACAGAAGAAAACUAUUUGUUUUUUAAUUGUAUUCUUCAUUAGAAUUAGGAAAUAUUGAUGGCUGGGAGACGAAUAUCAAAAUAUCAUCUCUCUAGUUGUAUUACAUGCUUUCAUUCAGCAAAUAGGACUUGGGCAGAAACUCUGUGCAAGCUAUUCUUGAGAUGCAUAUUCUAUCAUUUGAUGCGAUGAUUCAACUA